CUUCUUUCCCGCCUGGCGACCGCCAGCGACGGCUACCUACAUUUCUUUGUUUGUUAAUACUUGUAUUCUCUUGUCAAGAUGAAGUACGUUCUCGUCAGCGGUGGUGUCAUUUCCGGGAUCGGGAAGGGCAUCAUCGCCAGCUCGACAGGCUUGUUGCUGAAGACCAUGGGACUCAAGGUGACAAGUAUUAAAAUCGAUCCUUAUUUGAAUGUCGAUGCUGGCACCAUGGCGCCAACCGAACAUGGCGAGUGUUUUGUCCUUGACGACGGCGGAGAAGUCGAUCUCGAUCUCGGCAACUAUGAGCGGUAAAACAAGUCUUGCCGCUAUGCAAAGGAACAAACCUCUCAUAUCCUCUAGAUAUCUCAACAUCACCCUCACACGAGAACACAGCAUCACGACGGGAAAGAUCUACCAGCACGUUAUCGAGCGAGAGCGACGAGGCGACUAUCUGGGCAAGACAGUUCAAGUGGUGCCGCACAUCACAAAUGGAAUUCAAGACUGGAUCGAACGCGCCGCGAGGCUGCCCGUCGAUGACACACGUGAAGAGCCAGACGUCUGCAUAAUUGAACUGGGUGGUACCGUGGGCGACAUUGAAAGUGCUCCUUUCAUCGAGGCUAUGCGGCAACUGCGCAGAAGAGCUGGCCGAGACAAUUUCUGCCAGAUUCAUGUCUCCUUGGUUCCAGUGAUAGGUGGGGAACAGAAGACCAAGCCCACGCAGCAGGCGAUUCGAGAAGUGCGAUCAGCUGGUCUGUCGCCUGAUUUGAUUGCUUGUCGCUGCCAGGAUCAGCUUAUCGAGGCUACAACCAGCAAAAUCGCCAUGUUCUGUCAAGUCGAACCGUCCCAAGUCAUCGCCGUGCACGACGUAGACUCUACUUACCACGUUCCUAUGCUCCUCGAGCAACAGGGCAUCCUUGUCCAGCUGCGUGAGCUGUUCCGUCUCGAUCACUAUACGAUCCCUCCUUUCCUGGUCGAAAAAGGUCGGCAGAUAUGGCGCGACUGGAAGACCUUGACAAAGUCCCAAAAUCGACGUCUCCACCUGGAAGAAGUUACCAUCGCAUUGGUUGGCAAGUACACGAAUUUGCACGAUUCUUACCUCUCUGUCAUCAAAUCUCUCGAGCAUAGCGCCAUGGCCUGCUCACGAGCACUCAACCUCGUCUGGAUCGACGCGAGCAAUCUGGAAAAGACCACUCUUGAGUCCUCCCCAGAAUCUUAUCAUAAAGCGUGGCACGAUUUGUGUACAGCUGAUGGGGUUCUGGUUCCCGGUGGAUUCGGUCACCGAGGAACUGAAGGUAUGAUUGCUGCCGCCAACUGGGCUCGUACGAAACCCAAACCUUACUUGGGCAUCUGUCUGGGCAUGCAACUCGCUGUGAUCGAGUACGCGCGGAAUGUAUGCGGCUUGAAGUCCGCCGGUUCUGUCGAGCUAGAAGACCACCCUUCCGACCCGGUGAUUAUCUUCAUGCCGGAAAUCGACAAGGCCACAAUGGGCGGCAAUAUGCGACUUGGACUGCGAGCGACGAAUUUUCAAGAAGGUACCGAAUGGUCGCGGUUGCGGAAAUUGUACCACAAUGAACCAAGCAUCCACGAACGACAUCGGCAUAGGUAUGAAGUGAACCCGGACUACAUCGACCGACUCUCCGGUCUGAAUUUCAUCGGCAAGGACGACAAGGGCGAGCGUAUGGAGAUCAUUGAGCUAAAAGACCAUCCCUUCUUUGUCGGCGUCCAGUUCCACCCUGAGUACCUGAGUAGAGUGCUCCGGCCUAGCCCACCUUACCUGGGGUUUGUGGCGGCCUGUGCAGGGGUUCUAGAGCAGACCAUUGCUGCUGCUUCUAGUUGAUUUCCUUUUGAGCAUUACAACUGGAGAGCAUCUUGUCCUCGUGUCCUGGUGUCCUGGUGUCUACCUUAGAAAUGACAAAGGCGUCACAGGUAUCCUAUAGAGUAGUUAUGUGGAGGUACUUAGAGCAGGUGAGCGGUUCACUUCUUGUUAGCUACAGUACCUCUAGAGCAUUUGCAGGCGAUGCCGCUUCGGUACCGAGUUGUAUAAAUCUGAAGAUAUUUAAGUCUUUUAAC